UAAACGAAUUAUGACAAAUUUAUCACAUGUGCAGCGCGUUAAAAUGUUGUACAAGACAAUUUUGAGGUUACACCGUGGUUUGCCAACAGAAAUUCAGACUUUGGGUACGCCUUAUGUACGAGAUGAAUUUAAGAGACAUAAGAAAUGCAAUGAAACCGAAGCUGCUAUUUUUAUGAAUGAAUGGACAGAGUAUGCAUUAAUGGUUGCUGAACAGCUUGGACUUAAAGGGCCACAUACAGCUAAACCAUUGGGUAAAGAUCUGAAUGAACAGGAUUAUGAAAAAUUUAGAGAGGAACAGGUAUAUCAAUUGUAUGAGCUGAUGGUUGCAGCAACUGGUAAAACAAAUGAAAAUACAGAGAAUAAAUAACUUAGUAGUGUCAAUAUUGCACAAUAUGUAACAAUAUUAUUCUCAAAGAAAUAUUUGUAAUACUCGUGUACAUAAACUUUACUGAAUAUUUUACAAUGAGACAUUCGUUAACUAAAAUUAUGUAAAGUGAAUU